AUGCUUCGUAGUGUUUUACGAGCGAGGCUGUUACGAUAUUGGUCACUACGCUAUAACCAUACCCAACCAUUGCCGCCAUACUACCCCAAACAAAUUUCUCAAACUUGUAUCACGGCAUCACCACAACCCACAAAUGACCUCGUCCCAUCGGAUGGUUAUUUUCAACCGCAUCCAAACCCCAAUGAUCAUAUCGUGGUGGCAAUGUCGUCUGGAGUAGACUCAUCUGUAUGCGCGGCACUAUAUCUGAAAUAUUCUCAUGUUCACGGAAUCUAUAUGGCAAAUUGGUCUCAGAGUUCUCAAUGUACUGAACGAGAUUGGAAAGAUGUGCAGACCGUAUGCUCAGCGCUCGGGAUACCUUGUGAGCGAUUAAACUUUGAGCGAGAGUAUUGGAAUGAUGUGUUUCAGCCCAUGUUGGAGAAAUACUCUCUGGGACUAACACCUAAUCCCGAUGUUGGAUGUAAUAAAUUUGUCAAGUUUGGCAAAUUAGUUGAUGUGCUUGAACAGCGAUAUAAGGGUAAAAAAUGGUGGCUUGUCACUGGUCAUUAUGCUAGAGUGAUGAAAAAGAGGGAUGAUGAAUAUCAUUUGUUGAGGGGAUUGAGCACACGCAAGGAUCAAAGUUAUUAUCUCUCACUGAUACCGAGUUCAGUAUUGCCAAGAUUGAUUUUGCCUAUGGGCCAUAUGCUCAAGGAAGACACGCGUGGGUUGGCAAAACAGUAUCACUUACAUGUUAGCACAAAGCCUGAUUCUCAAGGACUAUGUUUUGUUGAUCCGCAACAUGGCAAUUUUAGAGAUUUCUUGCUGGAGUAUAUUGAGUGUACCCCAGGUGAGGUUGUCACGGAGGACGGCAAAGUAUGGGGUUUUCAUAAAGGAUUAUGGCAUGCUACGAUUGGGCAAAAACUGAGUAUACUGAUGCCGCAGGGUGAUCCCCAGUAUAAGGGAGUUUGGUUUGUAGCGGAAAAGAAUAUUGAAAAAAACCAAUUGGUCAUUGUUAGGGGCCACGAUCAUCCCAAGUUGUACAAGUCCAAAGUUGAAGUUGUUGAUUGUGAAUGGGUGUAUGAUUGGGAGAAAGUCAAAGAAAUCAAUUUGGAAGAACUUCAAUUUCAAUACCAUUCAUUGACCAAAGCUACACCAAUAAAGAAACUUAGUGUUAUUCAAGAAAAUGGACAGAAAUUAAAAAUUGAGUUGAUGAAACCAGUCAGGGCUAUGGCUCCCGGACAGCAAGGUGUGCUAUACAGAGGACACCAGGUUCUAGGUGGCGGGAUGAUUUCAAAAACCGAGGAAUAA